GGAUAAAGUGUCGAUGAUUGUGCAUCUGUCAACUACGUUUGCACUAAGGCGUUGUGUAUUCAUCGCCGGGCGUCAAUUACAGAAUUUUCUGUUGCCGUUGGUUGUAACCACGAGGAACGACACACGACUCAAGACAAGAUCAGACGAGACCAAAUGUGAAACGAUAUGUAAUCGGUUCCGCGGUGAGGCGAAGAGAGAGGCGAGAGAAGAGCAAAAGACAAAAGCAUCGACGACGAUCUUUGCGCAUUCCUUCGCUCGAAUGUGUUCGGAACACUACAAAGUAGAAACAUCGUUCGUGAUCAAAUCUCAACGAAAAGAACUGUUGUAGCUAUUUGUGAGAUUCGCAAAGGAAUAUUAAUUACCGGUCAUGGAGAAAGAACACGUGGAAGGGGGUGUGAAGAAGGAGAAUCAGGAGGACAAGGAAGCGGAGAGUGAACUGGAUGAAACGUUCGAUGAGACCACCUUUUCGGAACUGGAACGUAGUCAAACUGGACGUAAAACGAGCAUUUUUAAAUAUUACUCGUUCAAAGAAAAAGACGGUUAUAUUUCAGAUACAAUGCCGGGUACAUCGAAGAAAGGAGGACCUCUUAUCGGUGUAAUCGAUGUUGGUACAGGGACAGUUCGCUUCGUGGUGUUCAAUGCAAAACGCGUGACCGAGGUGGCUUCCCAUCAAAUCGAUAUAGAACUAAUCACUGCGUACGAUGGAUGGAUGGAACAAGAUCCGAAAGAGAUUCUUUUUGCGGUAAAGGCAUGCAUCAAAGGUGUUACACGGAAAUUUGGUACGCUUGGCUUAAAGGUUGAAGAGAUAGUAACGAUUGGUAUCACAAAUCAAAGGGAAACGACCAUAGCAUGGGAUGCGACAACUGGUGAACCAUUGUAUAAUGCAAUAGUGUGGUCAGACAUUAGGACUAGUACAGUCGCCGAUCAGAUAAUUGCGAAAUUUCCGGAUCAAAGCAAAAAUCAUAUUAAGCCGUUAUGCGGUUUACCAGUCAGUCCAUAUUUUUCGGCAUUGAAGAUUCGCUGGAUGAAAGAUAACGUGCUCGCAGUCAGAAAAGCGAUACGCGAUAAGCAAUGCAAAGUGGGUACUAUGGACACGUGGAUCGUUUGGAACUUAACGGGAGGCAAAGAGGGUGGAUUAUAUAUUACUGACGUAACAAAUGCCUCGAGGACCAUGUUAAUGAACAUAGAAACUCUUUCUUGGGAUCCUACCUUGUGCAGAUAUUUCGACAUUCCUAUGCAAAUAUUACCAGAAAUCAGGAGCAGCUCCGAAAUUUAUGGGCAUAUCAAAAUUGGCCCAUUAACAGGAAUCCCUAUAUCCGGUAUUCUAGGGAACCAACAAUCUGCGUUAGUCGGACAGAAUUGCUUGAAACAAGGACAAGCGAAAAACACGUACAGAGGCGGAUGUUUUUUGCUCUGUAAUACAGGAACAACACGAGUCGAUUCUUCUCACGGAUUAGUUACAACGGUGGCAUAUCAAUUAGGCCCAAACAGUCCAGCGGUUUAUGCACUAGAAGGCUCUGUUGCAGUGGCAGGGACUGCCAUUAAAUGGUUACGGGAUAACUUGAAACUUAUAAAGGAUGUUCACGAGUGUGAACAUCUGGCUGAAAGUGUUUUCAGUACUGGUGACGUAUACUUUGUACCUGCUUUUACAGGAUUGUACGCUCCAUACUGGCGAAAAGACGCGAGAGGAAUUAUUUGCGGUCUUACUGCAUUUACUACAAAACAGCAUAUAAUAAGAGCAUCAUUAGAAGCUGUUUGUUUCCAAACAAGAGAUAUUUUAGAAGCUAUGUUUAAAGAUUGCGGUUUUCCAUUGACCAAGUUAAAUACUGAUGGAAAAAUGUCAACCAAUAACCUUCUUAUGCAAUUACAAGCAGAUCUUUGUGGUACACCUGUAUUUAGAUCAACCAUGCCAGAUAUUACAGCAUUAGGAGCUGCAAUGGCUGCAGGUCAUGCAGAAGGUAUUGACGUUUGGGAACUUGAAGGUGAAGAAGUGGAAACUGUACCAACAGAUACGUUUUUGCCAACGACAACAUCAGAAGAGAGAGAUGCUAGGUAUAAAAAAUGGAAGAUGGCAGUUGAAAGAAGUCUAGGGUGGGCAGCUGUAAAGAAAUCUGAUCAAAUGACAGAUGAAAGAUAUUAUGUUCUGGCAUCCAUCCCUGCAAGUUGGUUCUUAAUGACAAGCUUUCUUUUGUUACGAUUAAGUUACUAUCUCGAAAAUCGGUGACAACACCUUCAUAUUAUUUAUUGCAAUGGAAAGUUGAUUAGAUAGAAGAUAGCCUGUAUUGUACUGUACAAGUUCUCAUAAAGCAAAAGCUUUAUGAAGCUUAAAAUUACCAAGAGUAGAUGAAAAUAUAAAUAUCAGUAACGAAUUACAGAACAAAACAGAACAGAACAGAACAGAACAGAACAGAACAGAACAUAGAAGAAACCGCUUUGACGACUCAUCGUCAGUAGAAUCACAUAUAUAUUUUAAAAGUUGCGAUAUUAAAAAUAAUAAUCACAUAAACAUAAGAUGAAACGUCUAAAAAAAAGAAAGUAUUAAAAACAGUGCACACAGUGACUUAAAAUAUCCAUUUAUUCGCUACCUUAUAUCGAUCGUUGAUACAAGAUAACGUGGUAUUUCGCGAACCAAUUGAAUUUUAUAUGAUUUUCCUUUCAAAAUAUUCAGAUAAUAAUAAUAAUAAUAAUUUAAUUCA